AAAGAAAAAAGGAAUACUAUACGACAUCGUUUUCAUCACACAUAGAGAGAGUCAAUUCUGAACUUGGAAGUUCAUUCAUUCAGAGCUUCAUCCUCCAUACGGCGUCGUUCCCGAGUUCACUCUUUCCGACUCAGUCGCGAAUCUGCGUACAUAUCAGCUUCCACUAGUUGUUCCUGUAUCUAUUUGAAGAGGACUUGGCUAAGUUGAUAAGUUUUUUGGUCGAGAGGAUUUCGGAGUCAUCUGAGAGUUGAAAGGUUGCUGACGGUAAAAAUAUUAGUGCUGAAAUCAAACCAAGAUGAGAUAAUUUGUUAAGCUCUUUUGAGGACUCAAUUGAAAAGAGAGACGAUGAAGAGUAGCUCGUGAUUAUUCUGUAAACUAAAUGAUCUCAAAAUGGAGACACAAACACCUGGAAUAGGAAGUACCAGCGGUGACACCUCUAUCACUCGGGCAAACAUAGAUGGAUCCAACUCCGUCAAUGAUGAAUUGGAUUGUGUAUUAAAUGAAAAGAAAUUGGUCAUAGGAGAGGUUGAUGAUGAAAGGGAUUCAUUUAGAAAUGAAGAGAAUCCUUCUCUUAUUGGUGAUGGACAUUUCACAGUCUCGCAACAAAAGGAGAAAGAACUUGUUGAUGAAGUAACUGUAAGGACUUCAGAAGUGGAACAUCUUGAACGAGAAUUGGAACUGAUGAAAGCAGCAGCUGAAAUGGUACUUAAUAACGAACAGUCAGUUGACUUCUACCUUGACCAGUUGACUGAACAAGUACAUGCUAAAAGAAAUUACCUUUCGACUUUGGAUUCAGAAUGGGAUGCUGUAAGAAAACCCUUGGAAGAGAGAAAAAGAACUCUUGAGGAGUCUCUAUAUUCAGACAGUCCAGAUGCACAGGCAAUGCUCCAGAAGUUGAGAGAAGUACAGGAGGAAGAAAAGGUCAUUUCAUCUGAAAUUAGAAAGAGGGAGGAGGAACAUUCAAAACUUCUUGCAGAUCUGGAGAAGCAACAGAAAGUAGCAUCUAGAAAAUCUUAUACUCACCGUAUUGAGGAGAUUACAAAAAAUAGCCGCAAACAAGAUGCUGAUAUUGAGAGGAUCUUAAAAGAAACUAGGGAGGUUCAAUUGGAAAGUAAUUCUAUACAGGAACGUUUGCAUCGGACAUAUGCUGUUGCCGAUGAAAUUGUAUUUAGGGAAGCAAAGAAAGAUCCCACAGGACAGCAGGUUUAUAAGCUCCUAGUAAACAUCCAUAAAGGUUUCGAACAAAUAUCCGAGAAAGUUCUGGCAACUGAUAGAAUUAGAAGAGAAGUAUCUGAAUAUGAAAUGAAACUGGCAGCCACACCUUCCACUUCCAGAAGCUUAGAUGUGAGCAAGCUACAAUCUGAUCUUGAUGCCAUUACUAUUAGGGAAGAUGAAUACCCUCUAUAGAUGUGAGCAACGUACAAGCUGAUCUUUAUGCCAUUUUUAGGGAAAAUGAAUACUAUUUUGAUCAACAGUUUCAAGAUAGGUGAAAGUUAUUCUUCAACAAUUCAUUGGAAACAAUUAAAACAGUCAAUUACCAAACCCUGCCUAUUUUUGUCUUCAAAGUUUAUUAUACUUCAUAGAAAAUAGAAACACAUUGAGAAAAGUCAUUUUUCUAUUGGUUUGAAUGGUUGAGGUUCAUGUUUGUUCUUGGAUUUUCUCCAUCCAUUAUGUUUUUCAUUAGGCUUAAAUUUAUCCAGAAGGCAGUCUAAUAUUGAGUAUUGUAAUGUCAGUUUACAGCACAUUGAACUUGCAAAAGUAUAGUGUCAAAAAAAAAAAAAAAACUUGCAAAAGUAUAUGACGAAACGAAAAUAUGAACAUGCUAGCGAAGCAACUUUUAAAGC